UUCAACAUUUUGAGUCGGUCACGCGAUAGAUAGGUUGGAUAUUAUACUAUGACUGUGAACAAGCACUUUACGGUAUAAUUUUUUUAAUCGCAUAUUAUCUUCAUCACGUGACGCUGAAAGAUGUAUAAAUUGGCAACUGUUUUGCAGACAAGCAUCAUUUCUCUUUCUUUAUUGAGGAAGUGUAAUUGAAAUCAGCAUCUUGAGUACUUAACCGAAGUUAAGAAACUAUAGACUUACUUUGUCGUCAAAAUGAUUGUAGGCGAAACACUUGGCGUGAACUUAACGGCUUUCCUUCUCUUCAUCUGCAUUAUGUUGGUUCUGAUGAUUGUGAAAGGAAUUGGUAAGCGAAAGAGCACGUUUCCAAAAGACGGGAACUUGAAACCAGUGCCUGGUCCACCUGGUCUACUAUUAGUUGGUAACAUUUUUGAUAUAGAUAGUAAUGCUCAGCAGAAAAGCAUGCAGAGGUUGGCUGAAAAGUAUGGAAACAUAUUUCAAAUUCGUAUUUUCAGGACGCCGGUUGUUGUUUUAAAUGGAUACGAUGCCAUAUCCCAAGCGUUGAAACAUCAGGCCAUUGACUUUGCUGGACGACCCCACUUCCACACGUUUAAAGUGAUGCACGAGUUGAAAAGUGGUUUUCUUGCUUUUGCCGACUACGAUGAAACGUGGAAGGCAGGGCGCAAGAUUGCUGAGACAGCCCUCAAGACAUUCGUCUCUGGCCGAAACGUCGAAAGUCUUGAUCAACGCAUUGGUGACGAGGUGAGGGAUCUGAUAGCUGUACUAACAGAUAAUAAUAACACCGAGGGCAGAGUUUUGGAACCCUCCACUAUGAUAAAGCUCUCGGUCUGCAACAUCAUGUUCUCAUAUAUGUUCGGAAGCCGACGCUCAUACAGCGAUUCAAAAUUGCACGACUUCCUUGCGAUGUCGCACAGAUUUACGAACGCUACGGGCACUGGGAAUAUAAUAGAUUUUCUGCCGUGGCUUCGCUUUCUGCCAAGCAAAACUAUGAGUGAUUUUAAAGGAAUUAUAUUAGAGCUUAGGGAUAUUUUGUCAGAUGAUAUCAAACGACACAAAGAAAACCACGUUCAAGGUGUUUCAAACAACAUUUGUGAUCAGUUGCUAAACGUGUCAAGAUCAAUGAAUCAAUCCGAACUUAGAAAAUGUAAUAUUGACGAGGAGCGAGUUAUGAGUUCAGUGUAUGACAUGGUUGGUGCUGCAUUCGACACAAUAUCCAUGUCUUUAACCUGGUCAUUGGUGUUGAUGGUGAACUACCCUGACGUGCAGGCAGCCGUGCACGACGAGUUGUUAAGGGUCGUCGGUCACAAAACACCCACACUUAAGGACAAACCUAGCCUACCGUUUACUGAAGCUUGCAUACUGGAAACUUUACGAUUUAUCACCGUGGUUCCAUUCUCCAUCCCUCACAGUACAACAAGGGACACAACACUAAAUGGAUAUUUCAUUCCUAAGGGUACGACUGUCUUUGUGAACCUACAUUCAGUACACCACGACAAAACACGCUGGGUAAACCCGGAAUCAUUUAACCCGGCACGUUUUUUAUCUAAAGACGGGUCUCUUGAUCGUCAGAAAGUUGAUCAAAUCAUGCCUUUUUCUGCAGGAAGAAGGCGAUGCCUCGGAUCAGAUCUUGCUAAAACUGAGCUCUUUCUUUUCUUCUCAAACUUGCUCCAUCAAUGUCAUUUCGAGAGCGCGACAGCAGAAAAAAUUCCAAUGGAGCCGAUCCAUGGUCUGACCGUGAGACCGAAACCUUUCAAGCUUAAAAUACGCCCCAGAUUUCCAGGCAACUGAAAUCUGCCUGUGUGUAGUAAAUAAUUUUAUACAGUACGAACAUAUUUCUGCAGGUAAAUAUAUUGGGCAUACCGUUCCGUCUUUUACAAUUCCUAAAUUAUGAAUUUGAUUAUCCUCUGUAUUGCUAAAGAUCGUUUGUCAUCAAUAGCCCUAAGGCCCACAUCACACCAUCUUAAAUAGGCCUAUUUUUAUUUCUUAUAUGUUAGGAAAUUUGAUUUUAAUAAUCAAUUCAGUUUUCAAAUUUAUAGGCCUAUUUAAAAAACGAACUUAGCCUGGUCAUAUUUGAACUGAGUUGAUACAUUCAUAGGUAAUCCAGUAAAAGACCUCAAUUUAUAGAUCAGUAUAUAGGUCCCAUGCGUUUUGUCAUUCCCAAUCUAUGACAAGCAAAUAAUUUUAAUAAUAUCAAUAAAAACUUGUAAAAUUUAUUAAUUAAUAUUUUUAUUCAUUUGUAUGGAAAGAAAUUCCAUCAGUUUUGUUUAUCAAUAAAUAUUUAUAGUAUAAUUAAGCGGUAAAUACGCGAGCAAACAAUUUAAAAACAUUUAAAUUGUAUUUCGAAUACUUAUUGGGGACUGUCUGCGUUAGCAUUGCGCGCGCAUACCGGUACUCAUCGCCUUGAGAGCUGCCUCUUGGUGAUUAGAGCGUUUGUGUUAUGAUCAGACGUGCUAAUUGAUGACGUUGAUGAAGAUAUAGAACGUGAGGUUAUACAGAUUGUGUUGUGUUCUGUUUGGCAAUCAGGUGGCUUCAAGCCUCGUCCAGACAUUUUAAUUGACGAUGUUAAAUAAGAUUUAAUAGUUUGUGAGCUGUUUGGCAAACGCUUAAAAUCUCGACCAGACAUUCUAAUUGAUGAUGAUAAUUAGGAUGUAGAUGUAGUACUUGAAACUUAUCCUUUUUCAGUCUGUUUACUUUUCUAAAUAUUAGAAAUGAAUGAAAACUCAUUUCAGGUCUAUGAUUGUAUUCGAAAAUUUAUUGUUGAUUUUUCAUUUUUUAUAUUUCGAUGUUUUUUAUUUAUCUCUUUUUAAAUCAAUUUUUUAUUUGGUCAAAUGCAGAACCAUUUGAAAAAUUAAUUCUUAAAUUAUCCUGUAUAAAGAUGUUUUAAAUAACAAAAAAAUUAAAAGUGAUAGUACUAAUCAGCAUGUUUUAUGUACCGUAUUACUAUUUAAUAAUAGUAUGAAACAAUAUGACUUUAAACACUACAAUAAUAAUUGUAUAUUAUACCAAAUUUUAUUGGAUUAAGCAAUAUUUGCAAAUUCAGAUUUACAAAAAUUACAAAAGAUUGUGUGAUAAUCUGUUUAAUUUUCUUAAAAAGAAACGUUUUUUUAUAUUGUUUAUUUUAUUACGAUCGGCCUUCUUGAUCCUAUCUGAGCCUACUUUCAUGGCUAUGGUGUUAAUCGAUGCAGUUCUUACAGUAUAACCGAUCCGAUACCCACUCCGGAUCCCCGUUUGUAGGUUCGUUCACUGCUUUCUACGAAACACAACAAUUAUAUUGAUUCGUAUUGAUUGAUCGUUGUAAUAAUUGUUUAUAUUUUAUUACACCUCUUCUGAAUUAAGAAGAGAUUUGUUUAACGGCGAUUACCGAGAUUAUGCAUUUGGGGUUCGGAAAUCCCAAUUAAACCUUAAAGCCGAUUGCUGACAAUGCCACCAUUCGACUUGUUAUGACGUUCUAAUAUGUUUAAGACUUCACUAAAGUUUUCAGUAAUGUACCGUGGCUUAAUGACUUCGAAAUGAAUUAAAAUCAAUUGAAAGUUCCCACAGCUAACCUCUUAAUUGGUAUUGUUAAUUAUGAUGUCUGGUCUAUACAAGCGCUCUGAAGAAAGUUUAUAGACAACAGCGCACAAGUCGACAUACAGCUGGCGCUGUGCAUAAUCAGUUAUUAUCACUCGUACCAUGGAGGUAUAUACCUCCAUGCUCGUACUAAGACUGAACAUGUUACCCAGUUGGUAUCCUAAUGCAUAUACCCAGCACAGCUGCCUAGCACAGUUGUACUUAUGUUAUUAGAGGAACUACGUGCGGAGGUCAAACAUUUUGAUAUCUCACACAAUUGGAUUCUGUUCAAACUAUUUAUCCCCAAUGUAGGGUGAAGUGUCCAGGGUUUGAAUGUGGUACCGUAAAACAUGUAACCUUUUGGGCGAAUCUACACUCACCACAUAUGCAUUGUAACAAGUUAUAUUUUCUUGGGCAGCAUUGCAAAAAUGAAUCAUUAUGUUUAGUAUGUUAACUAAAAUCAUCGA